UCUAGGAGAAGAGAAAGCAGAGGAGAUCAUAUUGAAAUAUUCAAAUUCUUGAAGAACGUGGACAAAGUAAACAGGGAGAAAACGUUUUCAUCCAUGGAAGGGUCAAGUUCAGGAUAUUUGAGGAAAAUGCCACCUAAGAAUAAGGGAAAGAUAAAGAAAGUGAUGAAAGAAGCAGAAGGAGACAACGUUGAGGAAAAAUACAAGAGGACAGUUCAACAAGUUAAAUCACUCAAAGAUCAGUUGGUUUUGCGGAAGGAUAUUGCAAGACAGGCUUUGAUGGUUAAAGAAGAGUGGAAAGCAAAGUUGCAAGUUCUCAAGAAUGAUUUGGCUGAAGAACAAGAUGUUAAGAAGGCAAUCCAUUCCGAUAUGACCCGUCAGUACAAGACGAUGAGGGCAGACAUGGACCUGCGAGUCCAUCAGCUGGAGAUUGAAAUCAGUCAUCUGCAGCAACAACUCACAUCAUGUCAGCAGCAAUUAGCAAGGACUCAGGAGGAGAAGCUGCAGAUCAUCAGGGAGAAAGAUUCCACCAUCAAAGAACUCCAGUCCAAAAUAGACAACAUGGAGACCGAGUAUGAGGCCAUCCUCCAUGAUAGCCUCGACCUGCUGCUGAACAAGCUGGAAGCAGCCAGACUCCAGUGGGAGAAGACAGCAACAAGUUUCCAUUCUGAACAGAAGCAAAAACUGCUGGAAUUUGGACUCAAACCUCUGGUGAUUUAAGCCCUGGGGGACCGUGGAUAUUUGAUUGGCGGCUCCCCAGGUGUAACUGUUUUCCUUUAUUCUUUCAAAAGAUGUGGUUACCACUGGUAAGGCCAGCAUCUGUCGCCCAUCUCAAUGCCCUUGAAAUGUGGGGUUUACAAAAGGGCAUUUAAGAGUCAACCACUUUGCUGUGAGUCUGGAGUCACAUGAACGCCGGAAGAUCAUUAAUGAACCUAAUGGGUUUUUACAAUAAUCAACCAUGUUUAUGUUGUCACUGAGACUAGUUUUCAAUUCCAGAUUCAUUAAUUCAGUUGGUGAUGUUAUCACUGUAGGUUGUCAUAAAUCCCAUCUGGUUCACUCAUGUCCUUUAGGGAAGGAAACUGCCAUCCUUACCUGGUCUGGCCUACAUGUGACUUCAGACCCACAGCGAUGUGGCUGACUC